GAACAUUCAAUCUCGGGCAGCCCGGGCUCGUUUCUAAGGUGAUCGUGUGUGUUUUUGUGUUUUUCCCCCAGUGUCGGAGGAAAGUGCGCGUCUGCGGCGGAGCGGCUCAGUGCGCUCUCUCUCUCACUCUCUUCACACCGCGGACCAACAAGCUGAUCCCAGAUCCGAGGACACAUACAACACGGCGUAGUGGUCCUUUUGAAACAAAUACCACAACCUCGGCGUUUAAAGGGAAAAGGUUGUAGUUUCCAGAAGAGGGAGACGUACAAAUCACAGAUGUGAAAACGCAGGUGCGUUGCGAGACUCGCUCUUCGUUUCCUUUUUUUCUUUUUUUUUUCUUCCCUCAUCAUUUGGCAACCUAAUUUCGUCGGGAGCUUGGAAGAAGAUGCAGCCUCUACCUGUCAGCCGUGUGGCACCACAACUGCUGCCUACAGAUCUGCUGUGGCCGGCUGUGUAGGACGAGGACUCCUACAGCUGCAAUUUUCAUCAUCACCAACAGCAUCUGCCACUUCAAACACAAGACAGAGGACAGAAGCUGCCUCCUCCUGGCUGAUCAAAGUGGCAUCAGUCGGAAAGCACCUGCAGAGGACGACUCCGGCUGAGCUGUUUGCUUGAAAGAAGCAUGACAUAACUGAGAACUAAACUACUAAUCGCUGAUUCAAGCUUUUUUUUUUUUUUUUUUUUUCUGUUUGGGGGCUGAUGAAAAUGUUCCAGUGUGUCAGUGUUGACUGACAGGGCUGCAGUGGUGUUCUAGCACGGGACACAACCAGCGAAGGAGAUGGCACGACCAGGGUCGGGGUUGCUGGUGCCCAUGAACGGGGUGGGGUACCCCCCUCAGAACCUGGCCAGGGUGGUGGUCUGGGAGUGGCUGAAUGAACACGGGCGCUGGAGGCCGUACAGCGCUGCAGUUUGUCACCAUAUUGAGAAUGUGCUCAAAGGGGAUGCCCGGGGAAGUGUAGUUCUGGGGCAGGUGGAUGCCCAGCUCUCCCCUUACAUCAUCGACCUGCAGUCCAUGCACCAGUUUCGACAAGACACAGGCACUAUGAGACCGGUGCAGAGGAACUUUUACGAGCCGUCGUCUGCUCCGGGGAAGGGUGUGGUGUGGGAGUGGGAGAACGACAACAGUUCAUGGACGCCAUACGACAUGGAGAUCUGCGUGACCAUCCAGAACGCCUACGAGAAGCAGCACCCCUGGCUGGACCUGACAUCUCUGGGCUUCUCCUACCUCAUCGACUUCAACAGCAUGUCUCAGACUAACAGGCAGAGCCAGCGCAAGCGGCGCCUGCGGCGGCGCAUGGACCUGGCCUACCCGCUUAUCAUGGGUUCCAUUCCCAAGUCCCAGUCCUGGCCCGUGGGCGCCAGCUCGGGCCAGCCCUGCUCCUGCCAGCAGUGUAUCCUGGUCAACAGUACGAGAGCCGCCUCCAACGCUAUUCUGGCCUCUCAGCGGCGCAAGCUGUACGGAGGGACCGGGGGCAACUCGUCCGCUACCGGAACCAUCACCGCGGUCCGGCAGAGCAACACGUUUGCUGGAACCUCCCUCUGGUCUCCAACAUCCAGCUCUUCUGGCGCCAACCACAAUAACAUAAGUGUGGGAGGUGGGCAUGCUAAAGCCGAACAGGUGCAGUCACCGCUGUCCUCUGCCAACUUCCCCUGUUCCCCCGUGAUGCCGUCUCUCUCAUCCGCCCAUGGUCACCACACACUCACCAUCAACGGACAGAACAAUCUGAACCGGCCCGGCACCCAGCGCAUUUCCAUGGGGACUGCCCGAGGAGCCAUCCCGCCAGGGGUCCCUGCACUUCCAGUGAAGAACCUGACUGGCUCUGGACCAGUGCACCCAGCACUAGCAGGUAUGACAGGUAUCCUGAUGUGCGCUGCAGGUCUGCCGGUUUGCCUGACUCGGGCUCCAAAGCCAAUACUGCACCCCCCACCCAUCAACAAGAGUGACAUGAAGCCUGUGCCAGGGAUAAACGGCAUGCGCCGCAAAACAAAGAAGAAGCACCUGAAGAGAGGGAAAAACCCAGAGGAUGUGGUGCGAAGAUACACAGAGAAGAUUAAAGUGGUUCCCGACGAGGACUGUACCAUCUGCAUGGAGAGGCUGGUGAUGUCGUCAGGCUAUGAAGGCGUCCUGCAGCACAAAGGCAUCAAGCCAGAGCUGGUUGGCAAACUUGGCAAGUGUGGUCACAUGUACCAUCUGCUGUGCCUGGUGGCCAUGUACAACAAUGGCAAUAAGGACGGUAGUCUUCAGUGUCCAACAUGUAAAACGAUUUAUGGGGAGAAAACGGGCACCCAGCCCCCCGGGAAGAUGGAGUACCAUAUCAUCCCCCACUGCCUGCCGGGCUACGCAGACUCAAAGACCAUCCGCAUUGUUUAUGACAUUCCUGCAGGGAUCCAGACAAAUGAGCACCCCAACCCUGGGAAGAAGUUCAGUGCGAGAGGGUUCCCUCGACACUGCUACCUCCCCGACAACGAGAAAGGCAGGAAGGUCCUGAAGCUGCUGAUCAUGGCCUGGGAUCGCCGCCUAAUCUUCACCAUUGGCACAUCCAGCACCACAGGGGAGUCGGACACGGUUGUCUGGAACGAAAUUCACCACAAGACCGAGUUUGGCUCCAAUCUGACCGGCCAUGGCUACCCUGACCCAAAUUACUUGGACAACGUUUUGACAGAGCUCUCAGCGCAGGGAGUCGGUGAGGACAACCUGAAGGACUGAUGGCUGGUCGAACUGGCGCUCAGAAAACCCAAUCCACCGCAUCCUGCCAUCAGGGGGUGCUGCUUUAUGGUCCCACAUGCAGCUGACAUCUCUUAACAUUUUCUGUCUUUCAGAAGUGGUAGAAUGAGAGCAACAGAAGCAGAAGUCAUCGGUUAUUAUUCAUGUGUGGGACUGUAUAACCCAGGAUUCCUUACCCCUCCCCUCCUGUGUCUUGAUUCAUGACUUGAGCAUCUUUUGUCCAUGACAACAUCUGUCACUGGUUGAAGGAUAUGCAGAUAUUUUUGUAUUGAUGCUGGAAGCUGCAGGUGCAUUUAAACCAAGCCUGUUCCUCUGCCCUUGUAGUUGAUUAAAAAGGGGCCCAAUCAAACAUUUGUAAUUGCAAAACUCUUGAAUGCAUGACCCCGACCAACAUCGCAUAAUGAAUGCUGGGCAUAUAUCUGAAAUCGGUUUACGUCUCAGUGGAUCAGCUGUUGCUUGAUAUAACGAUACAAGCCCCUCAUAUGAAUCCAAAACAGUUUAUUAUUUGCUUUCCCUUUUUACUUUUAAGAUGAAUUAUUGACCUAUUGAAACUAGGGUGCGCCACUUUAAUGAGAGGCCCUUGGCUUUAGGGAUGUCAUUUUAGGUUGCAUUUGGCAUUUUCAAUAUCUGAUAUCUGAUAGGUGACUUCAUUUAUAAAAACGAAGGUGUGCUCCGUAAUACAUUAUUUUCAUUUCAGAGACCUAAAGGUGGAAGCAUUGGUGUAUUGUUAUAAAUGUUAUUUGUAUGGUUAUGUGGAUGAAACAAGAGGAAGUUUAAUGCUUGCCACAGGUUAAGACGCUGAGCUUUUGAGACAGAAUUUGCGCUCCAAGGUUAAACUCAUUUGUUUUGUUGACACAGUGACGAUGCUGACCUCUGUGAAUGUAAAGCCUGCAUUAUCAUUUUCCGUGCUGGAGCAAUUCCAGUCGUUGGCAUGAUCCAUCAUGCUGACCACACGUGAGGGGUGAGUGUGUGAUUGCUCGCUAUGAGGUAUUACAAUGCUGGGUUUAAGUCCUUGAGGAAGGAAGCGGAAGCCACACAUGAACAUUCCUCUUUCAGACACCAGCAGUUUUGCCAUGGAGAUCCAUCUUGGAUGUUGCUCCUGCUUGCCUGCAAUGGAAAAGUCCCUCGGGAGGCCGUUUGCUGUUAGGCAGCAUACUGGGCUCAACUGCCUGUAAAGUGGGAAGAGAAACAUCUCAUUCCCUGCAUGAGCUCACUUAGGAGUUGUUUGGUCUGAUCCUGAUAUAUGGCUCUAGCUCUAGCCCUGCUCCUCCUCCUCGUCCUCCCCCUCAGCUGCGGAGGGUUUCGUUUUAAGAGGCAUGCAAAUCGUGAUCUGGUAUGUUGUUGGCUGAGAGCUACAGUCUGUCUGCUCUUCCCUUAGAUUUCAAGUCUCUGUGCUAAAGACUCUCUGAAGGCCCUGGUGUUUCCUUAUUUCACAAUCAAAGACAACCCAAUGGUGCAUAAUUCUCCGUGAGUGUAUCCGAUCAAUGUUAUUGAGCAGGGGUGUUUGUUUGAGAUUUAUUGAUGGGCGCCCAGUUGUGAGGUGAAUCAUAGUCUUCCAUAGCCCAUUGAGGCAACCUUUGUGUUUGUUUGUUUGUUUAAGCAGUUAACUUUUAAAUUUUCAAAAACGUCUUAAUUUGCAAUUAGAUUUCUUUUGAAGUUGUUCUUUGUAAACCAGCUUGCAAUGCUUGAAAAAUAUAUAUGUAUGUAUUAUAUACAUUUGCAGACAUGAUAUACCUUUAAGCUCACUUUGAGUCUAUGA